GCGAUGAUUUCCGGUGUGAGGAGGCUAGAAUUUCAGGGGGGGGUUUCUAUCGUCGUAGCACAAACGGACCACCGACUCUUUUUCCAUCGUUUUUGUCUUCAUGCAGCGGAUCGCAUGAGUUUGAUCUUAGAUAAGUAUGACUGAGAGCUAUAAGAAUGAGGAUAGUCAUGCAGCCAAUGGUGUUAAACCAGGAAGAAAUGGCAUCGUGAAGAAUCAUCAUAAUAAUUGUGAUCAUCAGUAUCAACAACAGGACAAGAAGGUGAGAUCAGCAUCACGCAUUGUUUACCAUGCUGCCUGCAAUGGAGAAAAACACCGCAAGCCGUUCUUUGAGUCCUUUGAGGAAACUCCCAUGUUGGUUGCAGUGCUUACAUACAUGGGCUACGGCAUCCUUACAAUCUUCGGAUAUCUUCGAGAUUUCAUGAGGGAGUGGAAAAUAGAAAAAUGCCAUAUAGCCAGUGAAAGGGAAGAGCAAAAGGACUUUGUUCCACUUUAUCAAGACUUUGAGAAUUUCUACACAAGGAAUUUCUACAUGAGGAUCCGUGACAGCUGCAACAGGCCCCUUUGCAGUGUUCCUGGUGCCAUGUUUGACCUUGUCGAACAAACUUCUAAUGAUUACAACUGGACCUUUCAAUACACUGGACGAGUGGUGAAGGAUGUGAUAAACCUGGGCUCGUAUAAUUACCUGGGCUUUGCAGAGAACACAGGCUCUUGUGCUGCUGCUGCUGGAGAGGUGACCGUGAAGUGUGGGGUGGGUGUGGCCAGCACCAGGCAAGAAAUGGGUAACCUUGACAGACAUGAAGAAUUGGAGAAGCAAAUGGCCUCAUUCCUGGGUGUUGAGUCAGCCAUGGUUUUUGGCAUGGGAUUUGCAACCAACUCCAUGAACAUUCCUGCAUUAGCUAGCAAGGGUUGUCUGAUUCUCAGUGAUGAGUUGAACCAUGCCUCACUGGUGCUGGGUGCCCGGCUGUCUGGAUCCACCAUCCGGGUCUUUAAACACAACAAUAUGCAGAGCUUGGAGAAGCUGCUUAGAGACGCUAUAGUUCAUGGCCAACCCAGAACACAUCGACCCUGGAAGAAAAUCCUCAUUAUUGUGGAAGGCAUCUUCAGUAUGGAGGGCUCAAUUGUGCGACUCCCAGAAGUUAUAGCCCUGAAAAAGAAGUACAAGGCCUACCUGUACCUGGAUGAGGCUCACAGUAUCGGGGCAUUAGGAUCCAGUGGGAAAGGGGUGGUGGAGUAUUUUGGACUGGACCCAAAGGAUGUAGAUAUCAUGAUGGGCACUUUCACAAAGAGCUUCGGAGCUGCUGGAGGUUACAUAGGAGGCAGAAAGGAUUUGAUAGACUACCUGAAAACUCACUCUCACAGUGCAAUUUAUGCCACCUCCAUGUCACCUCCUGUCGUGGAGCAAAUCAUCACUUCUAUGAAGUGCAUUAUGGGACAGGAUGGAACGACAAUAGGUCGUUCACGUAUCCAGCGGUUGUCUGAAAACACUGUAUAUUUCCGCAAGAGACUACAGGAGAUGGGAUUCAUCAUCUAUGGCAACGAUGACUCACCUGUGGUACCCAUGAUGCUCUAUAUGCCUGCCAAAAUCGGGGCAUUUAGUCGGGAGAUGUUGAAGAGAAACAUUGGGGUAGUGGUGGUGGGCUUCCCAGCCACGCCAAUCAUAGAGUCCAGAGCCCGCUUCUGCAUCUCCGCUGCCCACUCCAAGGAAAUGCUGGACUCGGUGCUGGAUGUGAUCAACGAAGCAGGCGACCUGCUCCAGCUGAAGUAUUCACGGCAAAAAUGUGUUCCCUCCUUGGACCGGCCGUUUGAUGAGACCACAUACGAGGAGUACGAAGAGUGACAUGCUUCUCUGAACCAAAUGUGGAAUGCUCAUCUUCUGCUCUCCAAUAGGAGGCAGUGAACCACUUAAUAAAUAACCUUUUUUUUUUUUAUUAUUAUAUAUUAUCUUUAUUUUAACAAUCAUUCUUCAUUCUUUGCCAGCCACAAGAGUCUUUUAGGCCAUAUGUUGCUGCAACCUUCAAAAUGUUUUUGUGCAGACAUUGGUUUUUUAGUAAGUGAGAUCAGACAGGUAGCGAACCAAAACCCCCAAGAAUACUGGCCUAUGAGAGGAAUUACGGUUUCUUCUCAUUGCAUUGUCAGUACAUUCGCUGUGUUAUCUUAAUCAAACCUGCACAACUUGGCUGCAUGGUUGUUGUCCACAGAUUUUGACUUAUGGCCUGCACUGCUGUCUUACUGCAAUCUGGCUAUCGUUUUUCUUAUGUUACCAGUGUAUUUCAUUUUUAAUCUAGAUAUAAAUCGCAAAUGACAUUGCUGGUUAUGUCUGAGGGCAAUCUAGUGCACAUUUAUCACAUUUUCACCUCCUGAGAAAACUUGGAUGCUGAUUGUGUUCGAUGUUAUGCACAUUUGUCAGCAGGGCGCUGGUUGUUAUGCAGGAAUACUUUUUAUUUUUUUGUAGAACGUAGUUACGUGCUUGUUGGCGCAUGUCUUCAGCGAUAUGCAAAACUUUAAUAAACAUGUUUUAAUGGAGGCUUGGUUCAUAAGUGCAACCCCAUGAAUAACUAAUAAGAUCGCUCUCUGUCUAGGGAGCUUUGCAAGUUCUUUUGCUUUGUAGUUUUUUAAGCUUCAACUUUCAACAUUGUUUGUGUAUUAAGUUUGUCAUGCUACAAUUUCUAACGUCUUUUAAAACAACCAAAAUCUUUUCAGCUUCGUUUAUAUGUCAGGAUGUAUGUUCACCUUUGUUUAUUCCUGUAUUUGUUUCUUUAAUGUACAUAUUUAUUUAUUAUGCAUGUUCCAUAUUUUAUUUUGCUGGAGAAGUGUACUUUAAUCAUCAACGACAGCUCCAAAUAUCUUAUGCACAUGCAGGGUGUGUAUGCUCUCAGUGCAAACACUUCUGAAGAGUAUUUUUAAAUCAUUUUGUUAUUCCCUGCAACUCAUGUGUGAUAGAAUAGCAGAAUCUGCUUGGUUAAGAUGCUUUAAAGGUGCUUAACUGUUCAUACUAUGAUGUUUUGUUGUUUCUGUGGCUUUGCAUAAAUGAAGCCAGGGGGUAAACUUAAUUUAUCAAAGCCUUUAAAAACAUCAAAAUCCAGGGAUGUUUAAAUAUCAUUCAAUCUUAUUUCUUUAUCUUAUUAUGCAAAGAACCAAAUACCACUUUUUUUUUUUUUUUUUUUUUUUAAUUAAAGCAAAAGAAGGAAACAAUCAUAUUUUCUUAAUAAUAUAAAGAUUAACAUAAAGAAUGUGAUUACUGAUCCAGCUAAUGGCAAGACUUUGGUUUGUUCAUGUGUUCCGUUUGCAUUUGAAAUUUUUUGUAUAUUUCCACACUACUGAAUUACUUCACAAUUGAAUUAGUAGUUAGUGGAAUUACUAGUAUCCAGUUGACAUUACCAAUGUGAUAUUUCUGAAUGAUGGCCUCUGUGGUGUUCAUGGGAGUGACCACAAGGCCAGAGUAGAGGAAACAUACAUGGUAAAGUUCAAGGAAUUUAUUAACAAAUUUUAUUUAAAUUUACUCUCUGACUCCAAAAUCAGUUUACAUAACAUUGAGAAAGCAAUGUGUUCUUGUAUGAAACCAUCAAAAUGAGAAGACACACACCUUUUUACAACUGAUUCGCCAUCUUUGCUUUGGUUGAAGGUAUCUUCUUUUCAGAACCUUAUUACCACACAAGCCCUUUACUCAGCAUUUUUGUCCACAAUUGUGGACAUAUGAGACCAUACAUGCCACAGUUUUACAUAUGGAAGAUAACAUCCUAAACUUUUCUGAUAUAACACAUUUUAGAGGUGUGACCAAUAUGAAAUACUGUACCUAUUUUAUGAUGCAUGAAUAAUAUUAUCUGACAUUGCUAUACUGUAAUUCUGAAUGUUUUAAAUAAAAAGUUACAA